AUGGCGUUCAAUCAACUGCAAUCGAUCUUCAAGUUCGACUCUCCCAACAAAAGUUCCGAUGCUGUGGUCACUAUCGAAUCUCAAAGUCGGGGCAGCGAUGAGGUGAAGCCAGGAGCAGAACGCCUGCUGGAGCCAGGAGAGUUAAGCUUCGCAGAGGAUACCAGUGGUGGUAUGGGACGACAUCUUGGAUUGUUCAGCACGACCUUUUUGAUUAUCGGACGUAUCAUCGGGACUGGCAUAUUCUCCACACCAUCAAGCAUCGUCGCCUCGGUCGGAUCAGUGGGAGCAGCAUUGAUGCUCUGGGUCUUCGGUGCUAUUCUUUCAUUCGCUGGCCUUUGUGUUUGGCUAGAAUUCGGCUGUAUGUUCCCACGAUCUGGCGGAGAGAAAGUCUACCUCGAAGCAGUGUACAGGCGACCGAAACUACUUGCAACUAUCAUCUUCUCGACCCAAGCUGUCCUUCUAGGUUUCACAGCCGGCGGAUGCAUUAUUUUUUCAUCCAACUUUCUCGUUGCGAUUGGUCAUAAAGUGACAGCAUGGAAUGAACGUGGAAUUGCCGUCGCUGUAAUUCUAGUAGUCACCUGUGUUCACACCUUCACGCCGAAACUCGGAGUCAGCUUGAUGAACGCACUCGGUAGCAUUAAGAUCUUGAUCUUAGUCUUCAUUGUCAUCACGGGGUUUGUCGUCCUCGGUGGCGGUGACGAGAAGAUCCCUGAUCCUCACGCCUCAUUCCGCAACUCAUUCGCAGGAUCAGUUAACUCGAGCGGUCCAUACGCAACUGCUUUAUUCAAAGUCUUGAACUCGUAUGCUGGAUGGAAUAACGCCGCAUAUGUUCUCAACGAGGUUAAGCGCCCAGUUCACACUCUCAAGAUUGCCGGUCCGCUCGGUCUCGGGAUAUGUGCAGUUCUUUACCUUCUCGCAAACGUGGCAUUUUUCGCAGCAGCGACACCACAAGAGAUUGCCAGCAGCGGAACAACGGUGGCAGGUUACUUUGCACUCAGGGUGUUCGGGCACAAGGCUCAACAAGCCAUGUCAGCCUUCGUGUCAAUCUCUGCCCUCGGAAACGUGCUCACUGUGACUUUUGCACAAUCUCGAGUCAACCAAGAACUUGCGAAAGAGGGUGUACUUCCAUUUGGACGAUUCUGGGCAUCAAGCUGGCCAAAGGGAGCGCCUGGAGCUGGACUCCUGCUGCAUUUCAUUCCCAGCUUCAUCGUCAUUGUCGCAAUCCCGUCAGGAGACGCAUACAACUUCAUUUUGGACGUCGAGGGCUAUCCGUCUUCAAUCAUCAACCUAUUCGUGGUCAUUGGACUGUUCAUUCUGCGAUACACGGCUCCAGAUCUACCACGCCCAUUCAAGGCUUGGAUUAUUGUUCCAAUUUUCUUCCUUGCGGCUCAAUGCUUCUUGCUCAUUGCACCAUUCCUUCGGCCACCAGGAGGGAAAGGUGACACUAGUUUGCCGUACUGGCUAUACCCUAUCGUUGGUCUUGUUGUACUAGUCCUCGGUGGAGUUUACUGGUUCCUGUGGCGUGUGGUUUGGCCUAAGCUGGGGAAAUUCACGUGGGUUGAGAGCAAAGCUGUCUUACGAGAUGGAACGGUGGUCACUGAAUGGGAGAAGAAGAAGCUGGAAUGA